CCCGCCAUACAUUACGGAUUGAUUGCUUCAGCGAAUCGAGUGAUAAACGACGCCUCAGCUCGAAAUCACGCGGCAAAUUAUGGUGUUCUGUGUUUUGAGAUGGAGGCAGCGGGUGUUAUGAACCGCUUUCCUUGCCUGGUGGUCCGCGGUAUAUGCGAUUACUCGGACUCUCAUAAGAAUAAGCGGUGGCAGGGAUAUGCAGCAAUGGCGGCUGCUGCGUAUACAAAAGAUCUCCUG